AUGGAUUCUCCGCCGGAAAACGAAUCAGUACCGGCGAACAGCGUCAAAACUCUAGUAUCAUUCUCCUCUAACUACCUCUAUAACCGUUUUCUCACUUUUUUCCGAACUUCAAUGAACCCCAACAAUUUCAUCUCAAAAAUCUUUAGCAUCUACAGCUCCAAAAAACGACGUCGCAGGAAGACUUGUCUCCCCCUUCCCUUGCCCCCCGCCACCACUACUGUUUCGCAUGAUCAACCUUCUGUGAUGACAUCUGAGGGGCAUAGAAUAUUUGAAGCAUUAGAGGAUAUCAUGGAGCAUGCACUUCAAAAUUUGCACAACAUCCAAAAGAAUUUACAGUUUUGGCAAUCUAGAGCUGAGGGUUCGAAUGCCCAAAAAGCAUACUUCAUGCUAUGUGAAAGAGGGCCAUAUGCAUUUUUCAGUGGUACAACUCAAUUGAUACAUGAUUAUCUUGCUGAAGGUUCUGGCAUGCAGCGUGUCUACUGUUCGGCAUCUUCACAUAUAUCUGAAAGGAUUAAUGCCUUGACCAGUUUAAGAUACUUUUUGGCUACUUUUUUGGCAGAGGUAUAUGUGGAGGUUGACAGAGUUGGAGAGGAUUUAGUUAAGGAUUUGGAGAGAUCGUUGCCCUCCUUCUUAGUUUCAAUCAACGAGCUAUUUAUGAAAUUGGAGGCAUCCAUUGGGCAUUUCCACGCAAAUCGUCAGAGUGGCUCCUCUGUGGAUGGAAGCUAUUCAUUUCCUCUAAUAUUUGCAAAACUUUCGGAAGUAAACCAGGAAGGUUCUCAGUGGACAGAUUGUGAGAUCAGAGAUGCUAUCAAUUUGAUCUCUCAAAACCUACACAGAUUGGACUCUUAUUUAUCUAUGCUUGUUUCCAAACAUCGUAAGCCAAGGACAGUGACUUUAUACUGGAUGCGCUAUAGCUGUGGCGUUGUUGGCAUUUCUGUUUGUUCAAUAUGGCUUCUUCGUCAUAGUAAGUUGACAGGAAGCUCUGAUAUUGACAAUUGGAUUCGUGAGGCAAAGGAUUCAACAAUUAGCUUUUGGAAUGAUCAUGUAGAGCAGCCUCUUCUGUCUAUAAGGAAUGAGCUUUUUGAGACUUUUCGGAAAAGGCAAAAAGGUGGAAUGGAACGUGAAGAAGUGCAGUUGACCGCUGACUCUCUACACAGAAUGUUACUAGCUUUUAGUGAGCAGACAGUAGGUAAAAAAUUUCCAGAGAAUGCUUCUGACCAAGAAAUGCUUGAGAUUGUAAUGCUCAGGUACGAAAAAGAACUUAUGCAUCCCAUACAGGGUCUUAUGGGUGGAGAGCUUGCUCGCAGUCUUCUUAUCCAGGUUCAGAAGCUAAAAUUGGAUAUUGAAGAAGCAAUGCUUGAGCUGGACCAAAUUCUGAGGGCCAACGAAAUUAACUUUGCUAUUCUAGCUGCUUUGCCAGCUUUCUUUCUCUCCCUUCUUCUAGCCAUGUUGGUGCGUGCCUGGUUGAAACAGGAUACCAGAGCUGAAGGUAGAGGAAGAAUAGCUAGGAUUCAGAGAAGGCUGCUGCUAGUGGAAAUUGAAAGAGCUAUUAUGCAGUUUCGAACUUACGAAGACCAUGGAUUGGAUAAAGAUGCUCAAUGCAUGUUUGGUCUGGAAUUAUACUUUCUUGAUUGCUUACACUGUGCUGUGGAAGGGCAUGCAAAGGCAACGGGUGAAUGGAUAUGUUUGAGACAGGAUAUUAUUGAUUUGGCGAAGCCAGGCCUUGAAACUGAACAUAAGCUCGCUAUUGCAUCGCGCAUGGAGCGCGUAUAUGACUGCUUGCUUCCGUCAUCAAAUCGCAGAUAA